AUGAAAUUGGAGAACGUGGACGUUACUAAAUUACAACUUGCUGAUUUACCAAAAUUCAAUAAAUGUCCAUGUGAAUUAUGUGACGAUGGUUGUUUUGAUAGAGCUGGUAAUGAACAUCAUCCUGAAUGUCAACGACGAGCACCACAACGAUCAAAAUUACCUCUUGCAGCUCGUUGUCCACUUUCACAUUAUAAAGGUUCAUUUUUAGCUGCUACAUUAGCAUCCGGUGGAACAGCUCCUCAUCGUCGACAUCCAUGUCCUCCUGCACCUAAUAAUGAAAUACCAACAUCAUUCAAAAAUGUACCUAUGUCUGGUCUUAGUUCACAAAGAGAUCAUUAUCAACCACCACCAUCAAAUAUUACAAAAGAAAAAAUGGUUGUACCUAUUAAACAACCGGAUCAUUUAUUAAUAUCACAUGCUGUUCCAAUGGAAACUAAAACUCAAUAUCAAGUUGAAUAUAUUGAAAAACCUGUUAUUCCUGUAUCACGUCGUCCAAUACAUGAUUCAGUUAAAGAAUCUCAAUUAAAUAUAACUGAACCAACGGCAUCGAUUGCAUCACAAACAACAACUCGUGCUCAUUUUAAAUCAUGGCAAUCACCACCAUCACAACCAUAUACUGAAAUGCCAAGUGUAGCUGGUCAUGUUCUUUUUCCUGGUACAAAUCGUAAUUUUAAUACAACAACUGGAAGUACUUUUUUAUCAUAUCCAAAUGCAUCACAAACAAAACCAAUUGUUCGACUUGAACAUAGUUCAAUGGAUUUAGUUACAAAUUAUCGACACGAUUAUAUUACUCCUGAUGUAUCAUCAAUAAAAAAUAAUCAACAUAUAACAAGAGAUAUUAUACAAGAAGAAAAAGUUUAUACACGUCGUCCAAUGAAUGGAAUUUCACAAACAAGUUUUGAUUUUCGUCCUUAUACAAAACAUCGACCACCACCACCAGCUGAUACCGAACCAUUUCUAUCUCAAAUUACGAUAGGAAAUUCAUUUACACCUAUAGAAAAAGCAAGUCAAUAUCGAACUGAUUAUCCAGGUCAUAAUACAACUCAACAUCCUCGACAACCAGCUGUAGUUCCUAAAGAUCAUCAACAAGCAUAUGUAGCUCCAAUGCAAAAGAUGGAUACUUUAACAGUGACACAAAGAGAUUUUCAACCUAUUGAUAUGAAUACUUUACCACGUAUUCGACUUGUACCAUUAAAAUCAUCAUUAUCUAUAAAUGAUCAAACAGGUCCAAUGGAAAGUAUGACUAUGACUCGAUAUCAUUAUCAACCUUAUGAAUCUACAAUGUCGAAACGACGAUACGGUGAAUUAAUGCCUAAUGUUUAUGUUUCACCAAUUGAUAAAUUUCAAGGAAUAACAACAACUAGUGAAUCAUAUCAAGGAAGAUCAGGUCCACCAGCACGUCCUUGUAUUCCUGAACCAGAAAAAAUAAAACAAGGUGGUCAACAUGAUCAUAAUACAAAUUAUCGACUUGAUUAUCAUCCACAUGGUCUUAGUUUAUGUGCUGCUAAAGCUUAUACAAUUGCUCAAAAUAAAGAAGCAACUCAAACGCCUAUAUCUACUCAAUGA